AUGCUCUCGCAUCGUUCAAACCAAACAGGAAAAAAGAAAACAGGCUCAACCCGUCCCCUUUGCGACCUAGCUCCCGUCCGUGCGCCGUCUCCUCUCCUGUCCCCCUCCUCCGCCGCCGCGCUGCUGCUCAAGAGCUGCAAGAUCGACGCCGCGGUCCAAGCACCCGACCCCGCGACUCCGCCCCGCCUCCGUGAACGCCGCCACGCCGAAGAAGAACAAAGGGGAAGAAGAGGCCGACCCUCGCCGCCGGGCCAGCGGCAUGAGGAGCUUCCCGGUGGCCGGCGGCCGCAGCGUCUCCCUCGCCCUCUUCUCCGACGUCUCCAACAGCCGGGAGCUCCUCGACCUGAUGCAGUCGGGGAAGCUGGAGCCGGAGGCCGCUUUCAUCAACGCGUCGCUGGUGCCGGACGUGUUCCCGGUCCUCGCGGCGGCGCACAAGGCCCUGCUAUCCAAGUCGAGGGAGUCGCUGACCACAAGGACCCUGCACUCGGAGCUCGUCUAUAAUUGCUCUGGCUCGAAGCAUAUAACAGAGUCCCUGAAGCGGUGCGGUAUCGCUGAUGACACGCAGUAUAUCCUCGCGGCUCGGUUUGAUGCUUCAGAUGAAGAGAUGAAAGCACUGGAAAAGCUUAUCAGCGGAACCGAGAUUGAUCUGUCGGAACUGGAGACAAGAGCAGACCAACCAAAGAUUCUGAAGCAAUACAAAAUAACUCCCCAAGAACUAUCAAUAUCUACGCUGCCAGAGGCAAUCGUUUGCAGGAUUGCUGCUCGAGACGCUCUCUGAGGUCUUAAAACGAUAGCCAGGACGUUUUCCAGCUGUGUGUGUUGAAUUAUUGGGACGAACACCGCAUCUGCCGCGCCUUUUGUCAUGGUCAAAGCUCGUGGCAGCAGGGUGUUUCAACCCUGAACCUAGGAAUUGCAUUAUGGUAACAUUUAGUCCUGGAUGCUGUAGCGACAACUGAAUAAUAUGUAUGGUCACAGGCACACAGCUUGAGUGUUUCUAAGAUCACUCCAUUAAGAUUUCAUGCAAGCAACCUUCAGUGAUAUUGCGAUGUUGACUCGGAUCUGUUGUUUCGGUGGCAUUGCGGAACAUGAGUAAAAUCAGCGAAAUAUGUGUGGCCUGGGGCCAUUGGUUUUA